UUUUCUUCGACUGGUGGUGGUGCUGCUGCUGUUGCUGCUGCCACUUCUGGGUCGUCGCAUACGUACGAUAUUCAGUUUUUGCUGGCGCGACAUCAGUUUUGAGUUGGCUAUCAACGCGAGCGGGUCUUUCUCUUUGCAAGCGACAAACCAGCGACAGCAACUGCACCACCAGCAACUGCAUCAAACGAAACAGCCACAAAAUGAUGAUGGAGAACGGUAUCUCCAUGGAGUACGGCGAUGGCUACAUGGAGCAGGAGGAGGAAUGGGAGCGCGAGGGAUUGCUAGAUCCGGCGUGGGAGAAGCAACAGAAGAAGACAUUUACUGCGUGGUGUAACAGUCAUUUGCGUAAAGCUGGCACCGCCAUCGACAACAUCGAGGAGGACUUCCGCAAUGGCCUCAAGCUGAUGCUGCUGCUGGAGGUUAUCUCUGGCGAGACGCUGCCCAAGCCCGAUCGCGGCAAGAUGCGUUUCCACAAAAUUGCCAAUGUGAACAAGGCUCUCGAUUUUAUUGCAUCGAAGGGUGUGCAUCUUGUGUCGAUUGGCGCCGAGGAGAUCGUCGAUGGCAAUCUCAAAAUGACGCUCGGCAUGAUCUGGACGAUCAUUCUCCGUUUCGCCAUUCAGGAUAUCUCCGUCGAGGAGAUGACCGCCAAGGAGGGUCUGCUAUUGUGGUGCCAGCGCAAGACGGCGCCCUACAAGAAUGUCAACGUACAGAACUUCCAUCUGUCCUUCAAGGACGGUCUGGCAUUCUGCGCGCUUAUCCAUCGUCAUCGUCCAGAUCUGAUUGACUAUGCUAAGCUAUCCAAAGACAAUCCAAUGGAGAAUCUGAACACUGCCUUUGAUGUUGCUGAGAAAUAUCUAGAUAUUCCAAGGAUGUUGGAUCCAGAUGAUUUAAUCAACACUCCGAAACCGGAUGAACGUGCCAUAAUGACGUACGUGUCCUGCUACUAUCACGCCUUCCAGGGAGCCCAACAGGCGGAAACGGCGGCCAACCGUAUUUGCAAGGUGCUCAAGGUUAAUCAGGAGAAUGAGCGUCUUAUGGAGGAGUACGAGCGUCUGGCCAGCGAUCUGCUGGAAUGGAUUCGUCGCACGAUGCCGUGGCUGAACUCGCGCCAGGCAGACAACUCGCUGGCCGGCGUACAGAAGAAGCUUGAGGAGUACCGGACGUACCGACGCAAGCACAAGCCGCCACGUGUUGAGCAGAAGGCAAAACUCGAAACUAACUUUAACACGCUGCAGACGAAACUGCGUCUGUCCAACCGUCCAGCCUACUUGCCCACCGAGGGCAAGACCGUGUCCGAUAUCUCAAACAGCUGGAAGGGACUGGAGCUCGCCGAGAAGGCGUUCGAGGAAUGGCUGCUGGCUGAGACCAUGCGCCUGGAGCGUCUCGAACAUUUGGCCCAGAAGUUCAAGCAUAAGGCCGAUGCUCACGAGGACUGGACACGUGGCAAGGAAGAGAUGCUGCAGUCGCAGGACUUCCGUCAAUGCAAGCUCAACGAGCUGAAGGCCCUCAAGAAGAAGCACGAAGCCUUUGAGUCUGAUCUGGCCGCCCACCAGGAUCGCGUUGAACAAAUUGCCGCCAUUGCCCAGGAGCUGAACACUCUGGAGUAUCACGACUGUGUGUCGGUGAAUGCACGUUGUCAGCGCAUCUGCGAUCAGUGGGAUCGCUUGGGUGCACUCACCCAGCGUCGUCGCACUGCAUUGGAUGAGGCGGAGCGCAUACUGGAGAAGAUCGACAUCUUGCAUUUGGAGUUUGCGAAGCGUGCGGCGCCGUUUAACAAUUGGUUGGAUGGUACACGUGAGGAUCUGGUCGAUAUGUUCAUUGUUCACACAAUGGAGGAGAUUCAGGGCCUGAUCCAGGCGCACGAUCAGUUCAAGGCGACACUCGGCGAGGCCGACAAGGAGUUCAAUCUGAUUGUGAAUCUGGUGCGCGAGGUCGAAUCGAUUGUGAAGCAACACCAGAUACCCGGCGGAUUGGAGAAUCCCUAUACGACGUUGACCGCCAACGAUAUGACGCGCAAAUGGAGCGAUGUCCGCCAAUUGGUGCCGCAACGCGAUCAGACGCUGGCCAACGAGCUGCGCAAGCAGCAGAACAACGAGAUGCUCCGUCGCCAGUUUGCCGAGAAGGCCAACGUUGUCGGUCCAUGGAUCGAGAGGCAGAUGGAUGCUGUGACAGCGAUAGGCAUGGGUAUGCAGGGCUCGCUGGAGGAUCAAUUGCAUCGCCUCAAGGAAUACGAGCAGGCUGUCUAUGCCUAUAAGCCAAACAUUGAGGAGCUCGAGAAGAUCCAUCAGGCCGUCCAGGAGUCGAUGAUCUUUGAGAAUCGCUAUACGAACUAUACGAUGGAGACGCUGCGCGUCGGCUGGGAGCAGCUGCUCACAUCAAUUAAUCGCAACAUUAACGAGGUGGAGAACCAGAUACUGACACGCGACUCCAAGGGCAUUAGCCAGGAGCAGCUGAAUGAGUUCCGUUCCAGUUUCAAUCAUUUCGAUAAGAAUCGCACCGGCCGCCUAACGCCCGAGGAGUUCAAAUCGUGCCUCGUCUCGCUGGGCUAUUCGAUUGGCAAGGACAGACAGGGUGAUAUGGACUUCCAGCGCAUCCUCGCCGUUGUCGAUCCCAAUAACACCGGCUACGUUCACUUUGAUGCUUUCCUCGAUUUCAUGACGCGCGAGAGCACCGACACCGACACCGCCGAACAAGUCAUUGAUUCCUUCAGAAUCCUGGCUGCCGACAAGCCAUACAUAUUGCCCGAUGAGCUGCGCCGCGAAUUGCCACCAGAUCAGGCCGAGUACUGCAUUCAGCGCAUGCCGCCAUACAAGGGACCCAACGGAGUGCACGGCGCCCUGGACUACAUGUCCUUCAGCACAGCUCUCUAUGGCGAGACCGAUUUGUAAACGCUCCCGAUCCGCCGUACGCCCCCUCUACACACACACACACACACACACACGCACACACCAACAUACAUACACACACUCAGACAAACACACACACACAGAAACACACUCACUCACAGACACAUACACUCACUCACCCUACACACACACACACAAACAAGCACUCACUCCCAGCAGAAAAGAGAGAGAGAGAGAGAGAGAGAAGGAGAGAGAGCGAGCGAGCGAUGCGACCGAACGAGAAAAGAGAAACAGAGAAAGAGAGAGAGUGAGAGAGAGAGAGAGAGCUCGUCCCUAUGUGCAGCGGGCCGCCACAGCCCCGAGAUCAUAUAAUAAUUGAUAAAUUUUAAUAAUAAUAAUAUUAAACAUAGAUUUAUUAUUAUAUACACUACACUCAAAAACAAAACAAAAAAAGAGGAAAAAUUAUAAUUUUUUUGCAAAUUAUA